ACGAUUAAUUUUUUUUUUUUAAUCAUGUUUUUUAUUUUAUUAACUUUUUUCGUCACCAAUUCACUUGGACAAAUAAUAAUUUCUGAAUAUCCUAAUUAUACGUCGAUUUCAGACUUUCAAACAUCAAAAUUUACUGGAAUUUGGUAUGACAUUUGGUACAUUCCAAAUCGUUACGAUGCUGGUCAAAAAUGUCAAUUUUAUAAAGCAACAAGUUAUCAAAAUGACUCACUAAACAUGGAUUUUAGUUUUACAAAUAUCAAAACUGGAAUCAAAAAAAAUUUAGUUGGUUUAGCAAUUCCAAAAAAAAGUUGUUCAUCUGUAUUUGAUUUUUAUUUGCCAAAAAAUAAAUAUUCGGGUACACUGACGGUAUUGGAUACGGAUUACAGUAAUUACUGUGUGGUAUCAUGGGUUGAACCUCGUGAAGAUCAUUCAAGCUACUGGCAAUAUGCAUGGAUUGAGUCAAGAAAACCAACACUAUCGAAUGAAUUAUAUAAGUAUUGCCUUGAAGUCUUGAAAAAAAAUAAUAUUUCAACAAAAUUGGAAGCCAAUGAUCAACAAAAUUGUUGUUACUCGAAUUAUUAAUAAAUUGUUUUUUAACAAAAUAAACAUUUUCUAUGUGUAA